AUGCAGUCCGACGGACUUUCGAUCACGUAUUCAUCGGUCCCUGAGGCUGACCGCCCCAAUCCCGAUUUACGUUUGAUUCACUUCAAUGAUGUGUAUCAUGUUGAAUCUGGGUCGGCGGAACCAAUUGGCGGUGUCGCCCGUUUCCAAUCCCUUAUAGACUACUACCGUGACGACGUGCGCUUUGCAGGCCAGCCUGAUAUCCUCACCUUCUUCUCAGGCGAUGCAUUCAACCCUAGUCUGGAGAGCUCCGUUACCAAGGGCAGGCAUAUGGUACCCUUUCUGAAUAACAUUGGUAUUGACGUCGCUUGCGUCGGGAAUCACGAUCUUGAUUUUGGAGUAGCUCAGCUCCGACAUCUAGCAUCGGCUUGUCACUUUCCUUGGCUCCUAGCCAACGUACUUGACCCUGCUCUUGGUGACGGUGUCUCGAUUGCCAAUUGCGGGGCAACGAGCAUGCUGACAUCUUCAAAUGGGAUCCAAAUUGGGGUGAUCGGCCUUGGCGAAAGAGAAUGGCUAGGAACGAUCAACUCUCUGCCCCCCAACCUAAUCUACAAAUCGGCGACGCAAACAGCCAAAGAGUUAGCACCGCAACUCCGUGAACAAGGAGCGGAGAUCAUCGUCAUUGUUUCUCACCAGCGUGAACCGAAUGAUAAUAAAUUAGCGACCAAUUUACCUGCAGGAUUGGUCGACAUCAUCCUCGGCGGUCAUGAUCACUAUUACUCACAUACCGUAAUCAACGGUGUUCAUGUGUUGCGCUCUGGUACCGACUUUAAGCAAUUGAGCUAUAUCGAAGCUUUCCGAAACUCCAAUGGGGCUCCAGGCUGGCAGUUUAAUAUCACAAGGCGAGAUGUCGUGCGAUCUAUUCCCGAGGCUCCGGCAACGGUUGCCAUGGUCGAUCGCCUAACCGCAAGCCUCAAGGCCAAGGUAGAGAAGCCGAUAGGGUUUACAGUUACUCCGCUGGAUGCUCGAUUUUCUACAGUCAGACAGCAUGAAAGCAACAUUGGGAACUUUGUAUGCGACCUUAUGCGUUUAUACCAUUCAGCUGAUUGUGCAAUGAUGGCGGGUGGCACUAUUCGUGGCGACCAGAUAUAUCCGGCGGGUAUAUUACGCCUAAAAGACGUGCUGAACUGCUUUCCUUUUGAGGACCCUGUUGUCCUUCUACGAGUACGCGGCCAGGCCUUGAUCGAUGCGCUCGAAAAUGGAGUCAGUGAGCUUCCUGCACUUGAAGGACGCUUUUGCCAGGUAAGUGGCUUAUCGUAUGGUUUCGAUCGAUCAGCUCCGCCGAUGUCACGCAUUACAUUUGCUCGGAUCGGGGGCCAGCCUAUUGACCCCGAGCAUAAGUAUACCCUAGCGACGCGUGGCUACAUGGCCCGUGGAAAGGACGGGUUUGCAUCAUUGCUAGUCCAGUCUGAAGACGGAGAAGCCGAGGAGCUAGUCUGUGAAGAGAAUGGGGUCCUUAUCAGCACGAUCCUGCGCCAGUACUUCCUGAGUUUGAAAGUCAUCAGCAAAUGGACCCGUUGGUGUGCCAGUCUGAACCGGCACUGGGAUUCAGUUCAUAGCGACCUCCACCGUGACGGUUGGGUGAAACCACCCUCUACUUCUGCGUCGCCAGUAUCUGAAAAGGCGCCCAGGAAUCACUUGACCCGACCACCCCUUUCGAGAACAGGUCGAGAGUCCUAUUACUACGGGCGUUUCCCGCAUGAAGUCGAGCAGCGUACUGCCAAUUCUGACGGAAGCAAUAGCGAUGCCAUGGACUCGGAUUCGGACGAGGAUCCCGAUGUUCUUCCUUCCCCGGACACCAACUAUGUCACGCUUCGGGCCUUGUCCUCGGCUGACGAAGAACGUCGUCUGAGAUUGGCGCGGUGGGUGAUUAGCCGAUGGACGCGCCGCGCUGGCGUGUGCUCGUCACUAAGUGAAAGUGAUAGCGAGGCGCCUGUAUGGACAUCUGGUAUCUCGCCUAAGCUGGAGGGUCGCAUUAUAGAGGUUCCGUAG